AUGGGGCGGGCGGCCUGGGCGCUGCUGUGGCUGCUGCUGGGCGGCUCGGCGGCGCAGUACGAGAAGUACAGCUUCCGGGGCUUCCCGCCCGAGGACCUGAUGCCGCUGGCCGCCGCCUACGGGCACGCGCUGGAGCAGUACGAGGGCGAGAGCUGGCGCGAGAGCGCGCGCUACCUGGAGGCGGCGCUGCGGCUGCACCGGCUGCUGCGCGACAGCGAGGCCUUCUGCCACGCCGACUGCAGCGGGGGGCCCGCGCCCGGCCCCGCCGCCGCCCCCGGGCCCCCGCCCGGCCCCGCCGGGGGCCCCGGCGACGAGUGGGCCCGCGAGCUGCGGCUCUUCGGCCGCGUCCUGGAGCGCGCCGCCUGCCUGCGGCGCUGCAAGCGGACGCUGCCCGCCUUCCAGGUGCCCUACCCGCCGCGCCAGCUGCUGCGCGACUUCCAGAGCCGCCGGCCCUACCAGUACCUGCACUACGCGCACUUCAAGGCUAACCGGCUGGAGAAGGCGCUGGCGGCGGCCUACACCUUCCUGCAGAAGAACCCCAAGCACGAGCUGACCACCAAGUAUCUCAGCUACUACCGCGGCCUGCUGGACGCGGCCGAGGAGCCCCUCACCGACCUGGAGGCGCAGCCCUACGAGGCCGUGUUCCUCCGGGCGGUGAAGCUCUACAACAGCGGGGACUUCCGCAGCAGCACGGAGGACAUGGAGCGCGCCCUGGCCGAGUACCUGGCCACCUUUGCACGGUGCCUGGCCGGCUGCGAGGGGGCCCACGAGCAGGUGGACUUCAAGGACUUCUACCCCGCCAUAGCAGAUAUUUUCGCAGAAUCCCUGCAGUGCAAGGUGGACUGUGAGGCCAACCUGACCCCCAACGUGGGCGGCUACUUCGUGGAGAAGUUCGUGGCCACCAUGUAUCACUACCUGCAGUUUGCCUACUACAAGCUGAACGACGUGCGCCAGGCUGCCCGCAGCGCCGCCAGCUACAUGCUCUUCGACCCCGAGGACGGCGUGAUGCAGCAGAACCUGGUGUACUACCGCUUCCACCGGGCCCGCUGGGGCCUGCAGGAGGAGGACUUCCAGCCCCGGGAGGAGGCCACACUCUACCACAACCAGACGGCGGAGCUGCGGGAGCUGCUGGAGUUCUCGCACCUGUACCUGCAGUCCGAUGACGAGAUGGAGCUGGAGGAGACGGGACCGCCCGUGGAGCCCGAGGACCACCCCUCCGACGCCGAGUUUGAGGGGGAGGGGGACUACGAGGAGGGCAUCUACGCCGACUGGUGGCAGGAGCUGGACGCCAAGGGUGACGAGGCUGAGGCUGAGCCGGAGCCUGAGCUAGCAUGA